AAUGCCUUUGUUUAAGUAAUCAUAGCAUUGCUGUUUUUCAGGAUUGAAAAAUGAAUUUAUUAGUAUUCAGUAUACUAAUAACUUAUAUACUGGAUAGCGUUUAUAGUGCACACAAUGGAUAUACUAAUGGAAUUGACACAACUACCAGUCAUCAUGGUGGAGGUGAAAGUCAGGAAAGUUCUGUAGAUGUUUAUGAUAAAUAUUCCAAUGGUAAAAUAUACAGUAAUGAGUACACGAGCGAUGAUUCCAGCAAGUACACUGACGGUAAAAUCUAUGAUAAAUAUGGUCAUGAAAAGGGAGACGAUAAACAUGCUUACGGCAAAAACCAUGGAAAAAGUUACGAUAAAUAUGCUUAUGACAAGUACGGGUAUGGUAAAUAUGGAUAUGAAAAAUAUAGUUACGACAAAUAUAGCUAUGGGAAAUACGGAUAUGACAAGUAUGGUUAUGAUAAAUAUAGUUAUGAAAAGGGUUACGACAAGCAUGGAUAUGACAAAUAUGGAAAGGAUAAAUAUGGUUAUGAGAAAGGUUACGACAAAUAUGUCUCUGAUAAAUAUGGUUAUGGGAAAAGCUACGACAAGUAUGGCUCUGACAAAAAUAGUUACGAGAAGGUUUACGACAAGCAUGGCUCUGAUAAGUAUGGUUAUGAGAAGGUUUACGACAAGUAUGGCUCCGACAAAAAUAGUUAUGAGAAGGGUUACGACAAAUAUGCUUACGAGAAGGUUUACGACAAGCAUGGCUCUGAUAAGUAUGGUUACGAGAAGGGUUACGACAAAUAUGGCUAUGACAAGUAUGGCUCUCACAAAUAUGGUUAUGAGAAGGUCUACGACAAAUAUGGCUCUGAAAAAAAUAAUUAUGAGAAGGGUUACGACAAAUAUGGCUAUGACAAGUAUGGUUACGAGAAGGUUUACGACAAGCAUGGCUCUGAUAAGCAUGGUUACGAGAAGGGUUACGACAAAUCUGACUAUGACAAGUAUGGCUCUGACAAAUAUGGUUAUGAGAAGGUCUACGACAAGUAUGGCUCUGACAAAUACGGUUACGAGAAGGGUUACGACAAGUAUGGCUCUGAUAAAUAUGGUUAUGAGAAGGUUUACGACAAGUAUGGCUCUGACAAAUACGGUUACGAGAAGGGUUACGACAAGUAUGGCUCUGACAAAUAUGGUUACGAGAAGUAUGGCCAUGAGAAACAUGGUAACGACAAAUACGGUUACGACAAGUACGGGUAUGACAAGUAUGGUUAUGGAAAAGAUUAUGAGAAAUACGGUUACACCAAAGAAUAUGGUAAGCAUUAUAAGGAUUACUAUAAGAAAUAUGAAAAAUACGAUUAUGGUAAUAAAUAUGAAUACAGUGAUAGUAAAGAUCAUGAUAAGCAUGAUCAUGAUGAACAUGACCAUCAUGACGACCACGACCACGACCAUCAUCAUCAUGGGCAUGACCACCAUCAUCAUGGACAUGAUCACAAACAUGGCAAAGGAUACUAACUACAGUGGAUAACUUCUUCCUAAGAUAUAUAAAAGCUAAAAUUAAUAGUCGCAGUAAAGUGACUUUCUCAUUGCUUUUUCAAUAGUCAGUUGGUGAAUCAUAUAGACAGUGGAAAAAAGCCACUUCUAGUGUGAUAUUAAAAAAACUAGUUUUCAUUUCCGCUAAAAUAAUAAAAAUUACUAAAAUUCCAACGAUUGUAGACGUUAAUUUUAUUUGUUAAUCUAUAUUGUAUUAAGCAUAUGAAGAGA